UGAUUGGCAGUUGGCAUCGCAAUACUCGUAAUGCACUAGCGAAGGGAGAGAGCGACGGCAAGAGGAGCAAGCAAAUGGCUAAUUGUCGUGGCACGCGCCGGUCCUGAAUGGCACCGCGUCCCAAAUGGGUCCACCUUUUAAGAGUCAUACUCGUAGUACAACUGGAAAUGAGCUGGCGACGAUUCUCCGAUAAGCUUCACAAAAACAUUCGAACAAAAAACAAUUAACAAACAGACAAAAGCCCGCCCGGGCUUUGGCCGCUACUAAUUAUCACUCUUUAGAGGGAGAGGAGCUGGGUCGUUUCAGAUCAGGUUUAGUCACGGAUCGAAAAUGCUCCGGUCACGAACGUACGGCAUGCAACACGCUAGUUGGAUCAUCGGUCUGCUCUGGCUCGCGCUUCAGUGCAUGCGAGUGGCCGGGGGCUGUCUGGAGGACAACUUUCCAGCCAGCGUGAUAGAGGAUGCCCAUCUGAGCACGCUGCAACUCUUGGAGAAGUACAAGUAUCCGGCAGAGACCCAUCAGGUGACCACCGAGGACAAUUAUAUCUUGACCUUUCACCGAAUUCCACGACCAGGUGCCCAGCCCGUCCUGCUGGUACACGGCCUGGAGGACACCUCUUCCACUUGGAUUAUGAUGGGUCCACACAGUGGUCUGGGAUACUUUCUGUACGACCAGGGCUAUGACAUAUGGAUGGGCAAUGUGCGAGGCAAUCGCUACUCGCGGGGCCACCUGAAGCUAAACCCCAACACGGACCGGGCCUACUGGGCCUUUUCGUGGCACGAGAUUGGGAUGUACGACCUGCCGGCCAUGAUAGAUGGUGUCCUUGCAAAAACAGGCUUUCAUAAACUCAACUACUUCGGACACUCCCAGGGAACAACCUCGUUCUUUGUGUUGGCUUCUAGUCGCCCUGAGUACAACGCCAAGAUCCACCUGAUGAAUGCUUUGGCUCCUGUGGCUUUUAUGGGGCACAUGAAGACUCCUUUAUUGGGCAUGGCCAGAGUUGGCAUCAAAAUGCUGGGCGAGUCCUUGGAGCUGUUCCCACACUCGGACAUUUACCUUAACCAGUGCUUGCAAUCGGCCGGCAUGCUCAAGACCUGCAUUCGUUUCUACUGGCAGGUGGUCGGAAAGAACAGCGACGAAUUCAACAUGACGAUGUUCCCUGUGGUGCUUGGCCAUAUCCCAGGUGGCUGCAAUGUUAAGCAACCCGUUCACUAUUUUCAGCUGCAGAGAUCUGAUCGGUUCUGCCAGUACGACUACGAGGCUAAGGAGAAUCAGAAGAUGUAUGGGCGUAAUACGCCCCCUGAUUACCGCCUGGAGAGGAUUACUGCACCGAUCGCGCUCUAUUAUGGCAGCAAUGACCAUCUUUCCGCUGUCGAGGACGUUCAGCGCCUGGCAAAGAUUCUGCCAAAUGUGGUUGAGAGCCAUCUGUACAAGAGGUGGAACCACAUGGACAUGAUCUGGGGCAUUAGUGCUCGGCACUCGAUUCAGCCUAAGAUGCUCGAAGUAAUGAGAUACUGGGAGUCCGUUGGAGACAGUAAGUAUGCUGAGCCUACCACUAAUUUUCCGGUGGAGGAAGAGAUUGCUCAGACGGUGACGGUACCAGUACCUGGCUCAGAUGGGGACAUAGAAGAAAUCUUUGAUGAUGAGAAGGAAGUUGAAGAAAAAAGUGGAAAAGACCAGGAAGGUGGAAAGGGCCAGGAUGAACAGCAGGAUACAGCUGUGGAGUCACCUUCUAAGGAGUAAAGUUGGAUUUUAUUAAGAGUUCCUGGUAUACUUUAUUCGAGAUAUUUAAAUAAAACCAGUCGUUUGCCUUCACAUAA